AUGAGAGGACAAUUCGAUGAUUCAUGGUUUCAAGUGGGUUUUGUCCUCACCACCGGUAUCAACAGUGCCUAUGUAUUGGGAUAUUCUGGGACCAUUAUGGUUCCUUUGGGUUGGAUACCUGGAGUAGUAGGUUUGAUUCUAGCCGCUGCAAUAUCAUUGUAUGCAAAUUCUCUUGUUGCCAAGCUCCAUGAAUUCGGAGGGAGGAGACAUAUCAGAUACAGAGAUCUUGCAGGAUUUAUCUAUGGUAGGAAAGCUUAUUCUAUUACCUGGGCAUUGCAAUAUGUUAAUCUUUUUAUGAUUAACACUGGAUACAUCAUUUUGGCUGGAUCAGCUUUGAAGGCUGUCUAUGUUCUUUUUAGAGAUGACAAUGUCAUGAAACUCCCAUACUUCAUUGCCAUUUCUGGGUUUGUAUGUGCCUUGUUUGCCAUUUCGAUUCCCCAUUUGUCAGCUCUGAGAGUUUGGUUGGGAGUUUCCACGGUUUUCAGCCUGAUAUAUAUAGUUGCGGCAUUUGUGCUUUCUGUUAAAGAUGGAAUUGAAGCACCAGCCAGGGAUUACAGCAUUCCAGGAACAACGACAACAAGCAAAAUCUUUACAACAAUAGGGGCAUCUGCUAAUCUGGUUUUUGCGUUCAAUACAGGAAUGCUUCCAGAAAUACAGGCAACAGUAAGACAGCCCGUUGUCCGUAACAUGAUGAAAGGACUUUACUUCCAAUUCACGGCUGGAAUUUUACCAAUGUAUGCAGUGACAUUUAUUGGAUAUUGGGCUUAUGGAUCUUCAACAUCAACCUAUCUGCUUAGCAGCGUUAAUGGUCCAGUUUGGGUGAAGGCAUUGGCCAACAUCUCUGCAUUCCUGCAAACAGUCAUUUCGUUGCAUAUAUUCGCGAGCCCAAUGUAUGAGUACUUGGACACAAAGUUUGGGAUUAAAGGAAGUCCAUUUGCAAUUCGCAACUUGUCGUUUAGGAUCGGUAUAAGAGGUGGCUACCUAACUAUUAACACCCUGGUGGCAGCACUUCUGCCCUUCCUUGGAGAUUUUAUGAGCCUUACUGGCGCCAUCAGCACCUUCCCUCUUACAUUUAUUCUUGCUAACCACAUGUACCUAAAAGCAAAGAACAACAAAUUGAAUUCUCUUCAAAAGUUUUGGCAUUGGCUCAAUGUUUGUUUCUUCAGCCUUGCGUCCAUUGCAGCAGCAGUUUCAGCUGUGAGACUUAUUGCAGUAGAUUCCAAAACAUACCAUGUAUUUGCAGAUUUAUAG